UUUCACCGUUAAUCAGUAGUUAAUUGAUUUAUUUGCUAUUAAUUAGCCGAGGGGAAAAUACUCUAAAUUUACAUUAGUUGUAAUAUGAAUUUUGCUGCAUUUUCGACAAAAACUGAGUUUUGGCAGAUGUCUUCAUGACAAUGUCUGGUUUUCUUCACUUCCAAAGCCAGUUGGCUGAAUGUUGUCAUUGAGGGCUAUAUCAAAUGAUUGAAAUGCACUUUAAGAUCUUUACUCAGAAUUUUCAGGAAACAUUUUAAUUCUCAAAUACUAAAUAACAUUAAUGUGAACAAUCCCUGGAAAUACUCCUAACGCUGACAGAGGAGUGCGGUGAUGACGGUUCAGUUAAAAAAAAAACAAAAAACAUUUAAAUCACUGGACCGCUGUAAAGGCUCUUAUUUUGAAGGUUACACCCGUACCAUCCGGCCGCGUCUCGCUAACUUUUCUCCGUAAACAGACUCGCUGGAGUCGGACGGGCCAAGCUCUCCUGGUGUUCGGCAUUCAUGUUCUGGUGCGGUUCUAGUCCUUAAGUGUACGCCUGACUGCACCCAUUCUUCCGUAGCACGGAUCGCAAAACGAGCACAAAGCUCCCGCAGACGCCCACGGUGGGGCGGCUAGCAUCGAGCCGCUAACGUUAGCAGCGAGGAGUAGCGCGGCCCCACAAACCUGGAGCCGAUGUCGCUGGUCGAUUUGGGGAAGCGGCUGCUGGAGGCAGCCCGGAAAGGUCAGGAUGACGAGGUUCGAAAUUUGAUGGCCAACGGGGCGCCGUUCACCACUGACUGGCUUGGGACGUCCCCGCUCCACCUGGCCGCUCAGCACGGCCAUUACUCCACUGCCGACGUCCUGCUGAGGGCCGGUGUCAGCAGAGACGCCCGCACCAAAGUCGACCGCACCCCGCUGCAUAUGGCUGCCGCCGAGGGACACACGGUCAUCGUGGAGCUGCUGGUCCGGAACGGCGCUGACAUCAACGCCAAAGACAUGCUGAAGAUGACGGCGCUGCACUGGGCAGCACAGCAUGGGCACCACAGCGUGGCUGAAACGCUCAUCAAGCACGGCGCCGACGUACACGCGCUCAGCAAAUUCGACAAGACGCCAUUCGACAUCGCCAUGGACAUCCAGAACACGGAGCUGAUGCUGCUGCUGCAGGAGGGCAUGCAGAAUCAGGUGAAUAUGAACCAGGUGAGCAUGAAUGUGGAGACAAGCAGCACCACCAACCAACCACAGUUCAUCAUCCAGGGCAUACCUGCCAUUCAGGGGGGCGUGGUCAACCUGGCCGAGCUGCUGAACAAGGCCAAUGCAGGCGACUCUGAGGAAGCAAUGGCUGCCAGCGCUCUUGACUCCAACAUCCAGCACGCCACCGUCGUAAACGAAGGUGGUCAGAGGGUCAUCACCAUAGUAACCGACCAGCACGGAAACCUGCAGACAACAGGAGGGAUGGCGCAGCCGUUCUUCGUCACCAUGCAGCAUGGACAGCAGAUGCUUGCCGUGCCUGCCAACACCGUGACAGAGGAGGUGGUGACGGAGGAGCCGCAGCCCCCGCCCUCCAGGAAGAGGAAGCUGGAGGUGACCAACAACCACAACAACGCGGGAGAGACGGAGCUGUUGCAGAGGCAGCUGCAGGAGGCCAACAGGAAGGCGCAGGAGUACCGACAGCAGCUGCUGAGGAAGGAGCAGGAGGCAGAGGAGUACCGCAUCAAGCUGGAGGCCAUGGCCCAGAGUCAGGCUGGCACUGCCACCGCAAACACGGUGGCUGGCGCCACCAAUUCUGCUGCCAGCCCCGAGGAGGUGGUGGGAGGAGAGGAGGAUGAGGAGGAGGGAGCUGGCGGCGUGGUGGAGGAGGAGGGCGAGAUGGUGGUGCUGCAGGAGGGGGGCAUCAUCAUGGAGGGAGAGGAGGGUCAAGUGACUCUGGUGGAGGCAGGGGGAGAGGCGACGGAGGUGAGCUCCUAACCGAGCGCAGCAGGCGGGAUUUGCACGCCGUACUCAUGCCCACAAAAAGACCUGAACCCGGCGUGAGACAUGCUUCAACAGGGGGCGGAGUUCAGCUCGGCGCCAUCCAGACUCCCCGGUUUAGAAACAUUUCACUUCUUUUUUUCAGCAGGGUCCAAAAUGGCUGCCGCGUGGAGGACAUUGACAACCUGAGGAGGAAGAAGGACCUCGUUUACCCUCAGCCAUUUGUUCCCCGAAUGCCGCUUUAACGUCUUUCCUCUGCCCGGCGCUGGCGGAGAGGAAGCUUCUUCGAAUGUUCCUUCUGUGGACCGAUUCCCGCCACUCACACCCGCUUUACCCCCUUCACCAUACAGCGGAGGGCGCUGUGAAAGGAGCCGGUUUUCCAGGAAUGCUCGGACUCUGCUGUGUUCUUCCGAUGUGACCUUGUGUUCAUGAGCUGCAGGAAGUGUUACUCUGUCUUCCUGCAACCUUUGACCUGAGCUGAACCAGCUCCAUCAUGGACUCUGUUCAUUAAUUAUGAUGUUGUUUCCAGGUGGUUUCUAAAGGGGCGGGCUAAGGUCAGGUGACUAUUGGGCAAGCUGAAGUCACAUGAUCAGCAGUGUGACACUGCCCUGCUCCAUCCUCCUCCUCUAUCUCACACUCAUCUACAUAGACGUCCUUAAAUUUGCUCUUUUAGUUCCUCCCACUUUGGUUUGUGACACUUACAUGUUUUGAUUUUUACACCAACAUCAGACACUGGUCACAUGACCUCGAGGUCACUACCGCUCAGCUGUCUCGUAAGCAAACAGCUGUUCUGUGUAAACGCUUCACAGUGAGUGUUUCCUGUUAGAAUCUUUCACUUCCUAAACGCUAAUUCAUUCCAGGAUGCUCUAAACAGGAAAUGGAAACCUUAAUUGGAUGUGACCAGCAUCACAGGAGACAACUUAUCUUUAAACUGUCAGAAACUUAACUGCCAGGUGAAAAGUGUCAAGUAUAGCUGAGCUCACCUGAUCCUGGACACUGUUCCUCCCUGCAUUGCUCCACCGCUCACUUUUUCAUUUCAGAGACGGGGAUGUCACACCUGAGGCUGCAAGAAUGCUCCUCUGCGAGGCUCAUGUCAGCCCACUCCUGCUCCCUUAUAGAAGCCCACCUGACAGCACACCUGUCCUCCAUCACCUGCAUAACUUCAGUCAUUUUUAUACACUCAGUGAUGCCGACCUUUUCAGUGUACAUAUAAAUUUGUAUUUUUGUAAACUGUACCUUAAUGCUUCAUGAUGAUGAUGGCGGCUGCCCGUGUACCUGUGAUCUCAGGUAAACGCUUCUUCCUUUCAAUAAAAGCUUGUUUCAUAAGCUAA